AUGAAGGUCUCAAUCCUCGGUCUUCUCACCCUCUCAGCAUUCGCUUCCGCGUGCGCUAGGUACGAAAGCUGCCACUGCUACGACAGCAACGGCAUUCCCAACAACGGCGCCACCCAGGCCGUGUGCGACCACUACAAGGGCGGAAUGGAGCCCAACACGCGGGAAUACGGCGCGAAUACUCAGUAUAAGCAGUGCAACGUCAAGACCUUUGGUGGUGGGGCAUCGAGCUUUGAUAACUGUGACUGGAGGCGGAGAUGCCAGGGUGCUGGUGCGACUGGUGCUGAUUCUUCUUGCUGGAAUAAGUUCCCUUAG